AGUGCUGAUCAUAAGAGUGAGAUACUAAGUUUGAGACACUCAAUGAGCCAUAGUUGAUGGGCAACUACAGGUUUAGAUUGUCAGAUAUGAUACCAAAUGCCUGGUUUUACAAGCUCAAAGAUAUGAGCAAAACCAGAAAACACAACACUACUUCUCCCAAGAAUUUCUCACAAGGAACCCAUCUUUCAAAAACUUUAUACUCCUACUACAUCACAACAGAUCAGCAACCCAACAGAGAUGAAAAGUUCUACAACUCACUUGCACACCCCAGAGCCUCAAAUACACAUUUUCCAGAACAACCCAGAAGGUCAUCAACCAGGAGAAGCAGAAGGAAAGCUGUGUACAAGCCUUCUCCUAACAAGCAUGUCAGCUCUUCCUCUGUUUCCUCCGGCCAUUGUAGCUGUCAUGCCUCAAUUCCAGAGUCUUCAGACUACUUUGGCUCAUCUUCAAGUGAGAGUCAUUCCACUGAAGCUCAUGACUUUCAUGAACUGAUUCCAUCCGAGUUCGAAAGCAGCCAGUUGGGUGCUUCUGAGUUUGGCUCUUAUAGCUGCAGAGUCAGUUCUUCAACUUCUAACACCAUCAGUGAUAAGAAAAAAGAAGGCUCAACAAACAGAGUUGAUGAUAGGUUUGAUAUGAUCUCGGAGUUGGAGCUUCCUCCAAUCUUGACAAAGCCAAUGAAAUUUGAUGAUUAUAAUAAGGCAAUUUCGUCCACCAAGUUCAGGAAAAGUACGUCAUCCAAAUUGAAGGAAACAAAAAGACACCAGUCUCUUUCUGUCAAGAUUGUCAAGGAAGAAAGAAGCAGUAGUAAGACACAGAAGAACCAGAAGACAACAACUCCUUUCGUUCGGAACUCGUCGACUUCUCCAACCGGCAUAAGGCUUCGAGGCAACUCUCCGAGACUGGCAAGCAAGAAACUUCAACAGCCCUUUGGUGGUAGAAAGAGUGUGUCAAAGAAUAGAGGCAUCUCGGAAAGCUUUGCAGUUGUGAAGUCCUCAAUUGAUCCACAGAGGGACUUCAAGGAAUCGAUGAAGGAGAUGAUUGUGGAGAACAACAUCAAGGAAUCUAAGGAUUUGGAAGACCUUCUUGCUUGUUAUCUUUCACUCAACUCAAAGGAACACCAUGAUCUCAUUGUCAAGGCUUUCGAGCAAAUAUGGUUUGAUAUAAUUCAGAUCAAAACCUGAGAUUCUUAGGCUAUGAAAUUCAUAUGCAUAUAUCCACAUAAUCUUAUUAGUCAUGGUAACUACUUUAUUUUCUCAUUUCCGGCUUCAUCUUAUUCUUAUCUACAGAAAAGCUGAAUGACUUGUAUCUAUU